GACAUCGAUAAGCUGGCGAGCUUCCAGGGCGAGGUCGCAGAUGUUGGUUUUUCUGGCAUAUGGGCGCCUGCGGUGCCCAGCGGUACGUCAGAAGCAGGCACGCCGGCGGGAGUGGCGAUAUUGGCGCGGACGUCGAUAACCAUAACCGAGCCGCCGUUCACCAAGGACCCAGUUCUCUAUCCUGGGCGACUCGUAGCGGCGCACGUCCACUGGGGUGCGCGAGGAGGCUUGGUCAUCCUGUCUCUGUACUUGGUCGACUCCGUGGGGCUCGACGAUCAGAACAAGCGCAUUUUGUGGACGUUGGCCAGCUAUUUGGCGAAGCUGGAGGCGGCGCAGAUGGAUUACAUCGCGCGCGGCGACUUCAAAAUGGGAAUGGAGAAGCUGGAGGACUCCAGCCUUGCCGACAUCGAGGCUCUCUUUGCGGUGCCUCGAGCUACGACGCGUCGACCUUCGCAGGUCGAGAAGGGGUCCACCAUCGACUACUUCAUGAAGAGCGCCAACCUGGCGCCUCGUGCGCGGGAACCUUGGGUGCAAGAGGACGGGACCACAUCUCCACAUCUUCCGGUGCAUCUAGAGCUGGCAACCGACGACCUCGACCUCAAGAUUCGGGUGCCUGUCAUGCCGUUCGCCAUUCCCGCUGUACCUCCUGUUGGAUGUGCUCGAGGGGUCGAGGAUUGGGGCCCUGCGCUUGCAGCUGUCCGUGCUGCUGCUGACUCGCAGGGCUUGCUUCCUGCUUGGGACAAGGUCCUAACCACGGUGGAGUCGGAGCUGUUGGACAGAUAUGAUAUCGUGGGCGCUCGCAGGCGACUUCACACAGGACGUGCUGGCGAGAUCGAGACCACGCUCAAGUCGGUCAAGUGGGUUCCACCUGCUCGCAGAGUACGACUUGGAAGAGAAGCGCAGGCUAUAAAGGUUGCGGCCAGGCGGGCUCGACAUCUCAUGGGGGUUCGCGCAUACAUUCAGAAAGCGCUACUUCUCCUACACAAACCUGAACUCACAUGUGCGUUGGCACCGCGGAGUUUCAGUAAGGUUGCGGCUUUCUUGCUGGAAGCGAAGGCUUACUUGGCUAAGAAAUGUUCGCACACUACAAUUCUCUCCCACCUGACCAGCGAAGAGCAGGCCUUUUUCAGAGGUGGCAUCUGCGUGCUCAGCAGGGACGACUUUGAGGAUGUGGCCGGCAAAAUUGUCGAGCGCUGCAAGAAGCGGCACGACAAGCUGGAAGAGGUCAAGCAGGCCGCGUGCGUCAGCUUCGCGAAGGGCAGUUUCGUGCGGGGGGCUAGCAGGGCGCAUCGCAUCACCAAGACCAAGGAGCUGCAGUCGGUGCUGGCCACGUCAGAACAGUUCAUCGCGUGGCAGGGCAUAUUGGCUGGUUGCUCUCACGCGUGCUUUCUGGUGCCGGUGCUGCUCUACAGGCUGCUGGCUGGCGUUCGGUCUUCGUCAGUCAUACCUCGGGCCCUGAACGACGACAUCAGCCUGCAGUGGAUUGCGCCUUCUCUCCAGCAGUUGGAGCAUUUGCGAAAGGUCGCCACACGCUUUCGGGAGGGAGCCAAAAGCCUGGGCAUCAUCAUUCAGGUCGAGAAGUCGGGCUAUGUUCCUCCCUGUGCUUCUGUGGCUUUGGCGUGCAAGAAGUAUGGCGGCGCUAAGGGACUCAAAUGCAAGAACUGGAUUCGCAACCUUGGGCACGACCUAUGUGGAGCGCGCAAGGUUAGACGGCUUACUUCGCAGCGGCUUGCUGGGACCUUUGCUCGCCGCCGUCGGUUGCAGAUGCUCCAGAAGGUCACGGGCAAAAAGGUGGUAGGCUUGUGGAAAACUGGACUUCUUCCCAGCGCGGGCCACGGCGCUGGCGUGGCUGACCUUUCGGACAAACACCUCCAGCAGAUUCGUGCUGACGCAGGCCGCCUCGUCGGAGCGCGUUCUGGCUCUUCUAGCCUCGCGCUGUACCUGGCGACGCAGAAGGCAAAAGAGUUCGACCCGAUCUAUAUGGCCUCGUGCGACAUCAUCUGCAGAUACGCCGCCACCGUUUGGGAGCAGAGGACGUCGCUGAGCAAGCUGCACAAUGCCUGGGCGCAUAUCACCACCCAGAUGGUGAGGCAAGACAAGGCGACGUGGACCUAUGCGAGAGGUCCGAUUUCGGCGACUAUCCUCACCUUGUGGCGCAUAAAUUGGCACAUGUACUCGUCGACGGCCCUGGUCAACGACAGGGACGAGAAGUUCAACCUCAUGGCCAUCAGUCCUCGAGAUCUUAGAUAUCACGUGGUCGAGGCGAUCGAGCGAUGGCAAGGGCGUCGUAUCAUGUCGCGUUUCGAGCAUCCGUUGGGCGAGAACGCGGAGCUGUGGGUUGGGGCCUACGUCAGUGUCGCGGUGCCAAGUCGGCAGGCCAAGUACGACAUGAAGCUGGCAGGCUCGGCGGCUUGCUUGGCGCGUGGAGCGCCGAGCGAUUCCCCUGGACACAUGUUUUUCGGUUGCGAGGUGCUGGCCCCAGCGGACGACACCGAGGUCGCAGGAGAGGGGGUGCCCGACAAGUUCGUGGAGAUCCGUGACUUCAUGCAUGGCAAGGGGCUGCAGAUUUCGUUCGGCGAGUUCGAGGUCACCACGGGCCUGCCGACGUACUUCUGGGGUGACUGGAACACCGAGGAGCUGCAGUUCGGCAACGUCGUCUACACCGACGGCUCUGGGUUAGCGUCGGCUAUACCAGAAAUACGACGGUGCGGGUGGGCAGCUGCGCAGAUGGCGGCGCAGGGCUGGCCGCUACGUGCGGUGUACGGGCCCUUGCCGGGGCCCUUGCAGACGGUCGGCAGGUCGGAGAGGUUCGCGCUCCUCAUGGCUGUGCGGCACUUCGGGACCAAGCUGGAGGUCGUGCUCACGGAUUUGCUGGCGCUGGAGUCGGAGGUCUACGAGGUCAUCUACAAGGCGGAGAUCGUGUUCGCUAAGAAGGUUUCCUCGUACAUCGGCUGGGCGAUGCAGCGCACCCUGAAGGCGGGCAAAUGGGAGCCAGCGGUGUCUGACGCACCGUGGCGUCCCAAAGAUGGCAAGCAGCUGCCCGUGCAGGUCACUUCCCACGCCGUUGCCAAGCUACGCGAUGGCUCCGUUGUUUGCAGGCGCUGUGCGAGACGUACCAGUUCGGGUUCAACGGAUGCGUGGAACUUCUACCUUCGAGCACCGUGUAUGGUCAACAGAGUGGACGAGCUGCGAACGGAGGCCAUGAUCCAGUUCUGUGGUGCCACGUGUGUCCAGGUCUCUGCUGCUGGUGCUUUUGCCAUGGACGCUCUUGGCAGGGCUGGGCGAGGGUCAGAGGCCGAAGGCUGGGAGCCGAACGCUGGAGGUCGAGGGUCACUGGAGGGGGCCGAGGACCAGGAGCGCAGGGCGGGGAGCCAAGGGUCAGAGACCAGGCCUGGCGUCGAUCGUGCUGUCGAGCUGCUGGUCUCCGAAUGGCACUCCACCGACGUGCACGUCUGCAACGGGCAUCGUCUCCGUCGAGCGGGGCCCACUGUUUUCUGCGAG